GCCCCUGCUGCUGAAGGUCUCCCCCGAUCGGGCUGUCGACCAUGAAGACCGACUUCAAGUUCUCCAACCUACUGGGUACGGUCUAUCGCAAAGGGAAUCUGCUGUUCACCCCCGAUGGCACCUGCUUGCUGUCCCCGGUGGGCAACCAGGUCUCCGUCUUCGACCUAGUCCACAACACCUCCUACACUCUACCCUUUAGCCACCGCACCAACAUCGACCGCCUCGCCCUGUCACCCCGCGGAAACCUCCUCCUGACCAUUGACGAGAAUGGCCGUGCCAUCCUGACCAACUUCCUCCGCCGUCUCGUUAUCCACCAGUUCUCCUUCAAGGGCCGUGUCUCCGCCCUCCAGUUCUCCCCGUCCGGCCGCCAUUUCGCCGUCGGAGUCGGUCGCCGUCUGCAGUUCUGGCACACCCCGUCCACCCCGGGGUCUGACAACAAUGGUGAGGUUGAGUUCGCCCCAUUCGUUCUACACCGCGAUCUGGCCGGCCACUUCGACAUCAUCCAGAGUAUCGAGUGGUCGAGCGACUCGCGCUUCCUGCUCACUGCGUCCCGCGACUUGACCGCCCGCGUCUGGAGUCUGGACCCGGAGGAGGGCUUCGAGCCGACUACCCUGGCGGGUCAUCGCCAGGGCGUGAAGGCAGCAUACUUCUCCGCCGAUCAGGAAUCGAUCUACACGGUCAGUUCGGACGGUGCCCUGUUCCGGUGGGAAUACGCGACCAAGAAGGACCCGGACACGAUGGAGGACAUUGCGGAUGCCCGGUGGCGCAUCGUCAAGAAGGACUUCUUCAUGCAGAACGACGCCAAGGUCAACUGCGCCGCCUUCCACGCGCCCUCGAACCUGCUGGUCGUCGGGUUUUCGAAUGGGUUGUUCGGGCUUUAUGACCUGCCCGAGUUCAACAUGAUUCACCAGCUGAGUAUUUCCCAGAGCAAUAUCGACUGCAUCACGAUAAACAAGUCCGGCGAGUGGCUGGCCUUCGGUUCCUCCAAGCACGGACAGCUGCUGGUGUGGGAAUGGCAGUCGGAGUCGUACAUAUUGAAACAGCAGGGCCAUCUGGACUCCAUGAACGCAUUGGCCUACUCCCCCGACGGCCAGAGGAUCGUCACCGCGGCCGACGACGGAAAGAUCAAGGUCUGGGACGUCAAAUCUGGGUUCUGCCUGGUGACCUUCACGGAGCACACCAGUGGUGUCACGGCAUGCCAGUUCUCCAAGAAGGGAAACGUCCUGUUCACGGCAUCUAUGGAUGGCUCGAUAAGAGCGUGGGAUCUCAUCCGUUACCGAAACUUCCGCACGUUCACUGCCCCGUCUCGCCUGUCCUUCUCGUCCCUCGCUGUCGACCCGAGUGGCGAGGUUGUCUGCGCCGGUUCUCCCGACUCGUUCGAUAUCCAUGUCUGGUCCGUCCAGACCGGACAAUUGCUAGACCAGCUGGCCGGCCACGAAGGCCCGAUUGUCUCACUGGCGUUCGCGGCGGACGGCAACCACCUGGUCAGUGGCAGUUGGGACCGCACUCUGCGUGUGUGGAGCAUCUUCGGACGGACACAGACCAGUGAGCCCCUGCAGCUGCAGGCGGACGUGCUCAGUGUGGCGUUCCGGCCGGAUGGAAAGCAGGUUGCCGCCUCGACUCUGGACGGCCAACUCAGCUUCUGGUCGGUGGAAAAUGCGGUGCAAGUUGGUGGAGUGGACGGCCGCCGUGAUGUGUCCGGCGGGCGCAAGAUCACCGACCGGCAAACCGCCGCGAACGCUGCGGGCACCAAGUCUUUCCACUGCAUCAGAUACAGCUCCGACGGCACCUGCAUCCUGGCCGCGGGCAACAGCAAGUACAUCUGCAUGUACGACGUGGCGACGGGCUCGAUGGUGAAGAAGUACACGGUGUCCGUGAACACCUCGCUGGACGGCACCCAGGAGAUCCUCAACAGCCGCAACAUGACGGAAGCCGGCCCUGCCGGCCUCAUCGACGAAACGGGCGAGGCCUCGGAUCACGAGGAGCGCGUCGACCGCAACCUGCCGGGAGCCAAGCGCGGCGAUCCGGGGGUUCGCACGACGCGGCCAGAGGUGCGCGUUGCCUCGGUGGACUUCUCGCCGACCGGACGGGCCUUCUGCGCGGCCUCCACGGAGGGACUCCUCAUCUACAGCCUGGAUUCGGACCUUGUUUUCGACCCCUAUGACCUCGACAUCUCCAUCACGCCGAGCAGCAUCGUGGAGACCCUCGAGGGCGCCAAGCGGGCCGCGGCCACGGGCCAGGUGAACGACGAGGAGACGUUCCUGAAGGCGUUCAUCAUGGCGUUCCGACUCAACGAGCAGGCGCUGAUCCGGGCCGUCCACGAGGCCAUUCCCCCAGCGGAUGUGCCCCAUGUGGUGCGGGCUGUCCCUACGGUUUAUCUCCCCCGUCUGCUUCGCUUCGUGGCGCAUGCUGCGGAGGAGACGCCGCACUUGGAGUUCAACCUGCUGUGGAUCGAGUCGCUGUUCAGCAGCCACGGGCGGUACUUCAAGGACAACGCGGGCACGUUUGCGCCGGAGCUGCGUGCCGUGCAGCGCGCCGUGGACGAGAUCAACAACAGCCUGAAGCGGCUCGCGGAGAAGAACCUGCACAACCUCAACUUCCUGCUCUCGCAGCCCGUGCUGAGUGUGAAGAAGCAGUCGGAUCUGGGGUUCAAGACCCUGGACGCGGUGGUGGCCCCUGUGGACGACCAGAUGUCGGAUGCGGAGGGGGAGGGCGAGGGCGAGGGUGAGGGUGAGGGCGAGUGGGAGGGCCUUGAGUAG